AUGGCUGCAAACGAAAAAACCGGUAUCGUUAACUUACCUCUACAAAGUAUGUUCUCCCAGAUGGACGUCUACUUGAACAACAAGUUAGUCUCUUUUAAUACCAAUAACUACCCUUGGAAGGCGUACCUCAAAACAAUCUUAUUCAGCGGAAAAGACGAGCUAUAUUCACAGAAACAAUCUGAGCUAUUUUAUAAAGAUGAGGGAAAUAUUAACGACGCAAAUGCAUAUAACGGAGGCAAUGCAGGACUGGUCAUGCGAUAUGCUUACACACAGCAAAGUAAAGUCUUUGAAUUGGAAGGAAACCUAAUGGAAGAUAUCUUUGAUACAGAUAAAUACUUAAUAAAUGGGGUAGACGUCUACAUCAAACUAUUUAGAUCCAGUGCUCCUUUUGUCAUCAUAUCUGCCAAUAGUACUCCGGCAUAUAAAAUAGAAUUACUAGACGUCGUGUACAAGGUGGCCAAAGUGCGGGUAGAUCCUGGUGUUUUGCUAAACCACAGUAAACAGAUUGAAGCCACUCCUGUAAAGUAUACCUUAACCAGAAAUGAGCUAAAAAUGAAUACCAUACCAAAAGGAUCCACAGAGUUUUAUUGGGACAAUAUAUUUCCUCAGGCGAUACCCGAUCGCAUCGUGGUAGGUCUGGUGGACCAAAAAGCUGUGAAUGGGGAUUACACAACUAAUCCCUUCAACUUUGAGCAUAUGGGAUUAACAGAUGUCGGGAUAUAUAUUAACGGGGAAAGCGUACCCGGUAGACCAUUAAAGACAGACUUUUCAGCGGGACUUUAUUCAGAUGCCUUUGUACGUUUAUUUGAAGCCUCUGGGAAAUGGAACAACGAUGCUGGACUGAUCAUCUCCCGUGAUGACUUUGGAAAAGGAUAUUCACUCUUUGUAUUUACAGUAGAUCCGUGUGGGUUUGGAGAUGAGUAUUUAAAUCUGAUACGUCGGGGCAACACCAGACUGGAGUUGAAAUUCAAACAAGCAACAAGCAAAGCCGUCAACGCCAUAGUAUUUGCAACCUUUUCAUCUCUACUAGAGAUCGACAAAUCACGAGACAUCAAUUACAUUCAGCCAUGA